CCAUAAUCUCGUCAAAACGAAAACAAAAAAAUUUGUAAUUUUUUAAAACUACUUUCUGUAAAUUGUUGUGUUCUGCGUGGAUAAUCAAUUUCAAUUUGAAAGGACGGCAUUGGAAGUUCCAUGGGGCUGCCCCGUGGGCUGCGAGUUUGAGACCCCUGGUAUAGAUAUAGGUAGUUUUAAACUGCAAUAUGGAUAAAAGCGACAGCCAUAAACAGGAAACUAAACAGAAUCGGCUAUCAGAGAAUGGAAGCCAGGCUCCCUUAUCAGACCAAAUGAGAGAAGAACCGUCAUCAAAUGUUGUGCCGGAAGUAAAUGAUGCAGAUGCAGCAAAAACGUUCAAACCUGAUGAUAAACAACAGGCAAUCUGCUCUCAAACCUCAGAAACUGGAAAUCCCGUAGAAUUAUCAGCAGGUAAAUUUGCACAGGUUUCUACGGGUCUCGAGCUUAAAGAAAACAAAAUUGAAGAUGGAACCUCUACAAUCAUCUAUAAUACAAAUAAGUGCCUGGGAAAAAGAGUUUAUGCGGGAAAAAUAGUAAGGCAAGUGGUCGUACAGGAUAAAUUAGCUGUCAAACUUCGAACUAUUGAUAGAAGCUUGUCACAAGAAGAUAUUGAUAAACAGUAUUUGGAUGAAAUAAAAAUUGCAAUUAAGUUGCUUGCACAUGACAAUGUGGCCAGAUAUGUAAAACAUCUCACAUGCUACCUUUCCAACGAACUUACUGUUGUUAUUGUCACAGAGCUAUGCAACCACGAGAAAUUAGAAAGCCAUUUGCCUGGAUUCUCAAUAGAAGAAAAAAAAAUAUUGCUUGUACAACUUUGUCAUGGUCUAAAACAUAUCCAUGCAAAGCAGAUUACCCACAGAGAUCUUAAACCAAGCAAUGUGCUGCUUUCAAUAGAUGGAAAACAUAUCAAAAUUAUUGAUUUUGGAAUCAGCAAGGAGUUUGCAUUAGAUGAAAAUAAAACAAUUACCAGAUCAUCCGGGUUUAGUGGAACCCUUGGUUGGGUUGCAUCAGAAAUGUGUCCAGACGACCGAUCCAAAGAAUUUGAAGCUUGGGUCAAGGCUGAUUUAUAUUCAUUAGGUCUUGUUAUUUAUUUUAUUUUCACUGAUGGAGAACACCCUUAUCAAGGAGAUCGUUUUGAUAAGCAUCAAAGUAUAAAGAUGAAGAAAAAACCAAAUUUUUCUGUCAUUGAAGAUGCCAAACAAUUCCAUGAAAGGUAUUUACUUAUUGAUCUCCUGAAGAUCAUGCUCAGUCAUGAACCAGACGCUCGUCCUGGAAUUGAAAAAAUACUUCAGCAUUGCUUUACAUGGAAGGAAAAAAAGAAAAUGAACUUCAUUCAUGUUUGCCAUCGAUAUUUUGAACAACCAUGUGAUGAAGACAAGGAAAUGCCAAAGAGAAAAGCAAAAAGAAAAUUAGAGAGCAAUGGAUCUGUGGAACAGAGAAUGGCAUACGUUGUCAAAGAAAGCAUUGAUACUUAUAGCAGUGAUGACAGUCAAGAUUCAGUCCAGUUUGACCCUCCAAAUGAAGAGGUACCACAGGACAAUAACGAACUUGUGCGGACCAAAAAAGAAGAUGAAGCGUUGAAAAGAAUUUAUGAAAUUGUUAGCGAGAACUGGGUUGAAUUGAUAUUGAAAAAACUGGAAGAUCCCAACGAUGGAAAUUGCAACCCAUAUAAGAACAGCUUUACUGAUCUAGUUCGUUGCAUUCGAAACACUCAUGAAUAUUAUGAUAAGAAAUCAAAAAUAGUGAAAUCCAAACUUGGUUCAAAAGAUAGAGGCAUGUGGAACUUUUUCGCUUUAAACUUUCCAGAGCUCUUCAUAUACUUAUUCCAUCUCAUGAAAAAUGGAUUAGAAGGAGAUGACGAGAAAAACUACUUGCAAAAAGAGGCAAAGAAUUGUGCAUUGCCGUAAGAAUCCUUUAUCGAAUCGUGUCUUUGGCAUUGAAAAACUAUUUCAUGACCACAUAUAUCGAAAAAACAAGGAAUGUCACUUCAUUCAUCUCCUCGGGACACAAGAGCGUCAAGGGAUGAAUAUGAAGUUUAGGGAUUAUAAAUCUUUCAUUCAUUGUUUAAAUCCUUUUUAGUACUUGAUAUUUUUUCAGAAUUUGAUCAUACAUGGCCAAUUAUGUCAUCAACAGACGAAAAAUCACCAUAUUAUAGUUGACACUUUUAGUUGGCUUUUCUGGUAUGCAUCAUACAAUGCUGAGAAACACAAAACAUCAUUGUUUAAUUUGGAUUUUAAUUGUUAAAACAAAGAGAUCAUCUCAUCAAUGACCGUUCAUUUCAGUCACUCGCUGUUAUUCAAUCAAGAAUUGGCUGAUUUUCUCGAUUAUUAAGCAUGCGUCACUCCCAUAGUUUUACACUGAUUGUUUAAAUAUGCAUUAAACUACCUUUCUUCUUAUAGUCAAA